UGGUGAUGGUGGUGGUGGAAGCCGAGGUCACCCCGAUGAUCCGCUGUUUCACAACGCCGGUAGUCGAUCAUUUCGGUCUCCGGCUGGCCAGACUCGUCAGGGGCUCAAAAGUCAAGAUUUCCAAGCCAGCGUCUCGACUUGAUUGCCCGUUUAGGGUUACGGUGAUCCGGCGAACGGCGUGGGAUGCCAAACAUGCUUUUCAAGGUUUUAGGAGAAAGAUCUGUUUUUUGGGACCGCGCGGAUAUAUCAACGGCCUGUGGCACUUGACCCGCCGGUUUCCACAGAUCUCACAAGCUGGUCUGGUUGCUCAGUAUUUUGCUCGCAUUUACCAUAUGCGCCGGGUUCAUGUAUUCUCCAGCGAGCCAAAGCGAGGCAUCUCCCCUCACCGCGAGGGUCGGCCUGGUGUUUAUCAUUCUCGCGGCCGUGAUCUUCAUCACUUUGAUUGCCACCUUUGUGAUCCUGCGCAUCCAUCGCGGCCCCAACACCAGCUGGGGGACGUUUUUCACCCGACAACCCAUCCCUAAACGUCGGCAUGUCUCGCCCGACCCCGAAUCCUGCCAGAAAGACCGACACAAAAACAUCAUCAGCCCAGUCCCAACCGCCCGCCUUCCGCGAUCGCCUCUCCACAAAGAACUACACAUCGAGACGCGACCUAUCCCAGCUACAUCCACCCGAUCCUCCCUCCCCCCCAAACCCAUCCGCAACAUGUCCGAAGCCCCCAAGAAGAAUGAAAAACUCCAAAUCCAACCGCUCCGCCCGAAUCGCAGACGUGCGAGUACGCGGUCCUCGGGCGCCAUUCCGUGUCGAUUAUAUCCACCGAGCGAGUUCUCGGUGCCGGAUAGUCCGGUGAUUGUGUUGCCGUCGCCGAGCGAUUUACAGAAGUUUCGGAUUAAUGUGCGAUGAGGGGGAUGCUUGCUGGUAAAGCUUAUGGAUUAUGUGUAAUGUAAUGUAAUGCAAUCGAGGAUGUAGUUGUGCUGGACUCAUCGAUGCCAAGUAAACGAGAUCUGCACUCUGGACUCAGCUGAGCGUUAUCAGCGCGAUAAGCAAU